CUCAAGGAGACCAAACUUUGAUUACUUUAUUCCAUAGAAAUCUUCAACUCAAUCUCAGCCGUUAGAUCUAAAGCACCGAUUUGACUAAACUCCAUCUUAAACCUACUCAACCGGUCACUCGGUCACACCCAUAACCCCAUAUAUCACGCCAACGCCAUUCUUUUUUCUUCCAGUUUCGCUCUCUCAUUCAUCAAAAAAAACUUGCACAUCUUCUCAGAUCUUCAAGUUUCUCCUCUGGUUUCUCAUCAUGACCGUUGAUAUUAUGCGUUUACCUAAGAUGGAAGAUCAAACGGCUAUACAAGAAGCUGCAUCACAAGGCUUAAAAAGCAUGGAACACUUGAUUCGUGUCCUCUCUAACCGUCCCGAAGAACGUAACGUUGAUUGCUCUGAGAUCACUGAUUUCACAGUUUCUAAGUUCAAGAAAGUUAUCUCUCUUCUUAACCGUUCCGGUCACGCCCGGUUUAGACGUGGUCCGGUUCAUUCCCCUCCUUCCUCCUCCGUUCCUCCACCGGUGAAAGUGACAACUCCGGCUCCCACUCAGAUCUCUGCUCCAGCACCGGUUAGCUUCGUUCAGGCAAAUCAACAAAGCGUGACGUUAGAUUUCACUAGACCGAGCGUUUUUGGCGCUAAAACCAAGAGCUCGGAGGUUGUUGAGUUUGCUAAAGAGAGCUUUAGCGUAUCUUCUAACUCUUCUUUCAUGUCUUCUGCGAUCACCGGUGAUGGAAGUGUCUCUAAAGGCUCUUCGAUCUUUCUUGCUCCGGCUCCAGCGGUGCCAGUGACUUCCUCCGGGAAACCGCCGCUUUCUGGUCUUCCUUACAGGAAGAGAUGCUUUGAACAUGACCACUCUGAAGGCUUUUCCGGCAAGAUCUCUGGCUCCGGCAACGGCAAGUGCCAUUGCAAGAAAAGCCGAAAAAAUCGGAUGAAGAGAACCGUGAGAGUACCGGCGGUAAGUGCAAAGAUCGCCGAUAUACCACCAGACGAAUAUUCAUGGAGAAAGUAUGGACAAAAACCGAUCAAAGGCUCACCACAUCCACGGGGUUAUUACAAGUGUAGUACAUUUAGAGGAUGUCCAGCGAGGAAACACGUGGAAAGAGCUUUGGAUGAUUCAACGAUGUUGAUUGUGACGUACGAAGGAGAGCACCGUCAUCACCAGUCCACGAUGCAGGAGCAUGUAACUCCUAGCGUGAGUGGUUUGGUGUUUGGUUCGGCUUGAAGAAUUAAUUAGUUUGGUAGUUUUGUAAUAUUUUGAGAAAUAGAGGGGUUGGUUUUGUAAUUUUUUUUCUAUAACAAAAUUAGUUUUAGAUUUUUUUUUAGUAGUCUUUUGAAUGGAUUUUAAUCUUACUACCGAGAAAGAAAAAAUUCUUACUACAUUUUCAUAAUUUCUUGUUUGAUAUAUUUAGUGGUGUCAUGUAAGAAAAUGAUGUUUAGCAAAGUAAUUGGUAUAUAAAUGUGUAGGCAUAUGUAUUUAAUGAUAUGGUUCGUAAAGUUACCAUUACUCUGUUUGAUCUAGUUAUGAUUUGUGAUGGUUGAUUUAGG